AUGCAUUUCUCCACCGUCACCUCUGCUCUUCUUCUCGGCCUCAUGGCCACUACCCCGGCCAUCGCCAAGCCUGUUGACUUCCAUGCCCUGUCCGCCCGCGCCGAGGGUCUCUACGAGCGUGCCGUCGAACAUAGCAUAAUUGCUCGCCACCACAAAGGAAGAACCGGUGGAAAUGCAGGCCAAACAGCCAACGCCCAGGCUCAGACGAAUACUGCUGCUACUGGGGCGUGUGCUCAGACCGGAAACCAAAAGCGACACCACAAGGGUGCGGCGAAUGCGGCGGGUGCGACUGGUGCGGCGAAUGCGGCUGGGGCCAACAACUGUGCCGGACAACAGCAACAGCAGAAUCAGAAGAGACAUCACAAGGGUAACGGCGGCAAGGCAAAACAAGCUGCUGGAAACCAGGCUGCUGGAAACCAGGCUCAGCAAGCUCAGGCUGCCGGAAACCAGGCCGCCGGAAACCAAGCUGCUCAAGCUCAGGCUCAGCCUAAUGCCGCCGCCGCGACUGCGGCAACGAACUGCGCUCAGACCGGCAACCAAAAGAGGCACCACAAGGGUCAGGGACAGAACACCAAUGCUGCCACCGGUGCCUGCGCUGGACAACAGGCGAACGUGAAGCGAUCUCCUCACCACAAGGGCAGGCAAGGAGCGGGACAAGCUCAGCAGAACCAGGGACAGGCUCAACAGAACCAGCAAAACGCCGCCGCCGGCGCCGCCGCUGCCGGCGCCGCUGCCGCCCCCAACACAGGCGCUGCUACCACCGGAGCAAAGAACUGCGCCAACGUGAAGCGCCACCACAAGGGUAACGCCGGCGCGAACAACGCCGCAGCUGCCACCAACUGCCAGUAG